GUUAGAUACGUAUUUCUUUUGUUUAAUUCCCCUGCUCUCUUCCAUGAUUAUGCUGCAGACCGGCUCGGCCAUUUCCUGACCCCAGAAUUCCCGUGGUGGGGCCGUUCCAGUGCCUGAAGGAGGCCGCGCUGCGCUACACCUCCAGUGCCCGCCCGCAUUGGUGCAGUGAUCCACGCCUGGCGGGCGGGUGUGAUGCCGAAAGUGAAUCGGCGCACGGGCCACCGUCGGCCGUGUACCGUCCAGAAAAGUUGAGCGGCCGAUUUACAACGUCUUCCCGACGACGAUGUGUCCGACCCCAGCAUUUCCACCAUGAUUGUUCGGAAUAUCGGCGCGCGGCUAGGCCGACGGGCCCUGGCCACUCCUCUUUCGCGGGCCUCUUUCCCGGCCCAGUCGCGAUUCCUCUCCCAGGACAACUUCACUGCGCCGCCGCCGCCGCCGACGAACUCCAAGAAGCAGGCUGCCAAAACAGCCUUUGCUGAGCCCACUCUCGAGGAGCAGGCCGAGUUUUACGCCGAGAGCAUCGAGAAGCACACUCCCGAGUUCGCCGCUUCCCCGGCCGCCGAGGCCUGGUCCGCACCCUCCGCUACUGCUACCGAGACCGUCACGACAUGGGACCCAAGCCUCGUCGACGAGGAGGCGCUUAAGCUCAAGCAGCAGAUCGAGGCUAUUCCCGGAAACUUCAAGCUCUUCAAGCAGACCAAGGCGCAAACCCAGAAGCUCGGCGCGGGCGUCGAGGUCCGCUACAUCCCCGAGCAGUACCUUCGCAACCCCCCCUCGGACGCAUCGCUCGAGGACCUCAUGGCCGCCCAGGCUCACAUGGGUCACAACACUUCCCUUUGGAACCCUGCCAACGCGCGCUACAUCUAUGGUGUGCGCCAGGGUAUCCACAUCAUCAGCCUCGAGACGACGGCUACGCACCUGCGCCGCGCCGCCCGCGUUGUCGAGGAGGUUGCUUACCGCGGCGGCCUGAUUCUGUUUGUCGGCACUCGCCCGGGUCAGCGGCCCAUUGUUGUGCGCGCCGCCGAGCUGGCCAAGGCCUGCCACCUCUUCACCAAGUGGAGGCCCGGAACGAUCACCAACCGCGAGCAGCUGCUGGGAGGCGUCCCGCUGACCGUGGUAGACGAGCUUGAUCGCCCGCUCUCUGGGUUCGAGGACCAUCUGCAUGACCGCAGACCCCUGGCGCCCGAUCUGGUCGUGUGCUUGAACCCCAAGGAGAACAUGACGCUGUUGUACGAGUGCAGUUUGGCCAAGAUCCCGACCAUUGGUAUUAUUGAUACCAACACGAACCCGUCGUGGGUUACGUACCAGAUCCCGGCCAACGACGACAGUUUGCGAGCAACCGCCCUCAUCAGCGGUGUCCUCGGUCGUGCCGGUGAGCGUGGCCAGAAGCGCAGACUCGAAGCGGCGCAGCGCGGUGUGGUCACAUGGAAGACGCCUGCCGAUGUGCAAGGGUACUUUGAGCUGGCUUCGGCGCGAGCGGCCGACGCUCGGAGAAGACAGGCACAGGACAACAGUGUGGAGGAGCAGAAGGAGAAGGACACGUUCCUGAGCGAGGAUGCGCUCAAGGCGAUGUUCGGGGGUGAUGCUCGUAUAUAAGAAAGAGCGGAUGUGGAAAAAGAGAGAUGAAGUUGUAUUAUCAUGGUAGAGAGAAACCAGACCUGGGCCCCUUCGAACUGCUUUUUUUGGAGGGCGUGGAACAAGCAUACGAGCGGGUUGUAGAAUAGCCUUUAUUGUACUAUAUACCGAUACCUACUGCAGUGCCUACCUACCUUGGUCUUUGCAACGAUGCGGAUGGGUUGGGGAGGUGCGUUUCGGUAUCUUGCCGACCAGUCGUACAUACCAUGUAUGCAGUAGUAACUGAGCAAAUUGAGUGCCUUCUCCCA